AUGACCGAUAAAAUAAAUCCAUUGAUAACCGAUUAUAUGGAUCCAUGGACAUCUGAACGUGUAAAAAAUAUUCUACAACCAACAGAAGAAGAAUUGAUAUACUUCGUUAAAUUAAUGCAACUUCUAAAUCAAAAAAGGAAACUAUCUGAGAAAUUUGAUUAUAAUCCAUCAGUGGUGCUUGAUGAUUUUCUCUAUCAUGGUACUAUAAAUCAUGCGAGAAAUAUGAAUUUGCUGAGAGAUCUCAACAUUCGACAUAUCAUUAAUACUUGUCAUGUACCAUUGGAAGAAGAAAUUAUAAAAACUUUUAAUGUAUUAUGGAUCGAUAUGCAAGAUGAAGAAGAUGUCAAUAUCAAUCAAUAUUUUGAGAAAACAAAUGAUUUUUUACUUUCAUGUAAAGAGAAGAAAGAAAAAGUAUUAGUUCAUUGUCAAAUGGGUAUUUCUCGAUCAUCUUCCAUUGUUCUCGCUUAUCUAAUGAAAUAUCAUCAUGAUACUUUGAUGAAAGCUUACGAUUUUUUACUUGAUCGUCGUUCUAUAUCAUGUCCAAAUCCUAGUUUUCUUAUGCAAUUGUUUAAUGAAGAUCAAUUAGUAAAUUCUUUAGAAAAUUUGUCGAAUGAUCUCUUUUAUGAAAUAUAUGAUUAUCUUGAAGGUUUGGAUAUUUGUGUAGCAUUUUCAAAUCUUAAUGCUCGUUUUCAACAAUUAAUUACAUGUUCAACGAACCGAUAUAAAAUAAUUCUUAAUUAUUCAACAACACAAAAAUUAUUUUGGAAUUAUUCAAAGGAAAUCAAACAUCAAAUUUAUUCAAUUUCCUUUCAAUCACCAAAAACUUCUAUAAAUGAAUUUUUUCCAAUUGAUUAUUCAUAUAAUAAUCUUCAAUCAAUAUUUAUUGAAGAUAUUAAAAAAAAUCAACUUAUAUCAUUACUUAAUCAUUUACGUGAUUUACCUUGUCUUUUCGUAUUAAAUAUCAAUUCCAAUAUCAAAUAA